AUGGGAGGAGUUAAGAAACGAUGGACAAGUGGAAGAGGAAUCAGGGUGAGCCCGAAGGCGAAGAGAUUGCGUGCGAGAGUGAGAGGCUUCUUCAGGCUACUCAGGAGCUGGUGCUGCAAAAGGCCAAGGCCACCGCUGGUCAGAGAAGUCGACGGCCAUUAUUACACACCUCUACGGCGCUCCAACUCUUCUUUCUACGCUGAUGCAAUUGCAGACUGCAUUGAUUUCAUCAAGCGCUCCAGCUGA